AGUAUUGAACAUUGAGUAAUGGCUAUGCAGAUGCAACUUGAAGCAAAUGCAGAUACUUCAGUGGAAGAAGAAAGCUUUGGCCCACAGCCUAUUUCACGAUUAGAGCAAUGUGGUAUAAAUGCCAAUGAUGUGAAAAAACUGGAAGAAGCUGGAUUCCAUACGGUGGAGGCAGUUGCUUAUGCACCAAAGAAGGAGCUAAUAAACAUUAAGGGGAUUAGUGAAGCCAAAGCUGAUAAAAUUCUGACUGAAGCAGCGAAGUUAGUUCCAAUGGGUUUCACAACUGCAACUGAAUUCCACCAACGGCGAUCAGAGAUCAUACAGAUUACCACCGGUUCCAAAGAGCUUGACAAACUACUUCAAGGAGGAAUUGAGACUGGAUCUAUCACAGAAAUGUUUGGAGAAUUUCGAACUGGGAAGACCCAGAUCUGUCAUACAUUGGCCGUAACAUGUCAGCUUCCCAUUGAUCGUGGUGGCGGUGAGGGAAAGGCCAUGUACAUUGACACUGAGGGUACUUUUAGGCCUGAACGUCUGCUAGCAGUGGCUGAAAGGUAUGGGCUCUCUGGCAGUGAUGUGCUGGAUAAUGUAGCAUAUGCUCGGGGAUUCAACACAGAUCAUCAGACCCAGCUCCUUUAUCAAGCAUCAGCCAUGAUGGUAGAGUCCAGGUAUGCACUGCUAAUUGUAGAUAGUGCCACCGCCCUCUACAGAACAGACUAUUCGGGUCGAGGCGAGCUUUCAGCCAGGCAAAUGCAUUUGGCCAGAUUUCUGAGGAUGCUUCUGCGACUUGCUGAUGAGUUUGGUGUAGCUGUGGUAAUAACCAACCAGGUGGUAGCCCAAGUAGAUGGAGCAGCCAUGUUUGCCGCAGAUCCUAAGAAACCUAUUGGAGGAAAUAUUAUUGCUCAUGCAUCAACAACCAGACUGUAUCUGAGGAAGGGAAGAGGGGAAACCAGAAUCUGCAAAAUCUACGAUUCUCCCUGUCUUCCUGAGGCGGAAGCUAUGUUUGCCAUCAAUGCCGAUGGAGUAGGAGAUGCCAAAGACUAAUCUUUCAGAAUUUUCCUGUGAGAGACCUUAAGAGCUGCAGCCUAAUGGAGAAUCUAAGUCCCUCAGGUUCUUCACAUGCCUCUUGUGACUGCCAGGAAAAAGUUUCCAGGAAAACAACUCAUGUACCAGCUUUUUGAUGGUGUAAACAAGAGACAGGUCGGUAGUCACAAGCUGACCUGAAAUGUUUACUACACCUUCUAGAGUAUAUUCUGUGUGAAUUGUUUGGUGGAGGGGUACAGAAUACCUUUAGUAUGGAGUCAACUCAGGACUAAUAGCUGUCUUCUGGACAGUCUAAAAGAACUAAAUCUGGAAGAUCUGUCUCUUCUCAUUUCACCUGAAUGAACUGAAGAAAUAUGCCUGCACUCUAUAGCCAAAAGGAAUGGAUGGCCUCACAGGUUUUUUUCUUGUCAGUAAAACUUUACCACUUAAGAGCAGGUUUUUAAGUUAAUAUGGCAGAAUUAACUCACGCAAAAAUUUCUUUUUAGUUAAGGAGUACUGGCCACCAGUCCAUCACCAUCUACUUGCUUGGUUUUGUUGCUAAGACCAACUC